UCAUCUUCUCAGCACAACCUCGAGAUCUCCAUGCCUUGACGCCCAAGGGAUCAAUCAGAAUCACGCUUCAUGUUCCAGGCAGCUUUCCUCGCUCACAUCCAAGGAAAGGGCCUCCAUGAGCCACAUGCCCACCGCCUCUGACUUCGCUUCGUCCUCUCCGCCACGCUCAUAGCCACGCCCCUCUCGAGUCUCGGUCCCUGAUUCAGAAGGCCUCAGCAUCAAGUGCUACGCCAUGAGCGGCCGGAUCGUUCUUAUCCUGCUCACUCUUUGAGCAAGUCUCUCCACGAUGGAAGUCGAUUCAGAGGGUGCGACCUUGGCGCCACCACCCGCUCCAACCAGUGAAGUUGAAACUGGGUCUGAAUUGAGCCUACCCGUGGUCAAUGCCUCAGUUUCCAAGCCACUUCGCGUCGGUCCUGAGGAGUCAGAUAGCGACGCUGCAAUCGAUCCUUUGUUGACCGGCGCUGCUCCCACAUCAGCAAUGGACGACGAUCCUCAGCGCGGUGCAGCAAGCACCAAUGAGAAGAGCGUCGAUGUAAUCACACCAACCUCGUCUGCGAAGGUUUCAGGAUCUGGAGCAGCGCUAGCGACACAGACGAAGGCGGGCCAUGAAGACUAUGAAGGAGAUGAUAGUGCCACUCAGGCACAGUCAUCGAUCCGCGACCGGCGAGAGGGAACCGCUGAAGGCCAAGUUGGCGGUACCACGAUCGUUUCUGAGCCUCAGCCUCAGUACCACGAUGGUAUCCUUUCUCGGCGAAAGUCGAUGCCGCCUUCGCCCCGAAAACCUAUAGAGUCUCUACCGCCAGCACCGCCUGCGCUGAUCUCCUCAAAGCCCUCGCUUUUGCCGAGCAGCAGCCCCCACCAAUCUGGUCGCUCAAUAGCUGACGUCACGGCAGUCUCGCAUGCCAAUAGCUCGUUCGAGAGCGCUGGCCCAUCCCAGCAACAGCAACCAGAUGGCCUUGCAGAUGAAGACGAUAUGGAUGAUGGAGACGACGCGACUGUGGACGACGAAGGUGGAGUCAUCCGGUGUAUCUGCGGCUACGACACAGACGACGGCUUCACUAUUCAGUGUGAGAGGUGUCUGGUAUGGCAGCAUUGUGCCUGUUUCGGCAUGUCCCAAGCAUCAGUCCCAGACGAGUAUCUGUGCGAGAUGUGCGACCCCCGUGAAGUCAACGUUGCCUUUGCUCAACAACAUCAACAGCGAAGGCGAGAAGCGGAAGCACGCAAAGCUGUCGACACAGCCAGACGGCUCUCACAGUCACAAUCUCAGCAGCAGCAGUUCGAACAGGCACGCGCCGAAUUGUGGUCGCAUCAACAGCAGCUGCAGCAGCACCAACAAGGAGAUCAGGCUGUCCUGCAGCAAGUCAACAACUCUGCAUCGCCACAUGUAGAGGCGCAGUCCUCGACUCCACCUCAAGGCCAGACCCAGGGGCGUAGUCGCAAGCCCACGCUGAACCUCGAUACUAGCCAGACACCUGCUAUGCCUAAUGAUCAGCCAGCUGGAAAAGGUCGGAAGAAGGGCUCGGGUGCCAAAAGUGGGCGCAAAACCCCUGCGCCCGAAGGUGUGGUCCCUGCGACACCCCCUCAGACUGGUCGUUCGGGGUUUGCAGGAAUUGCAGGCAGCAACGCCGCGGACGCCGCUUCGCAAGGCGGCGCUGCUGCUGCUCCACCCAACAUUGGCUUGUCAAGCAUAGCAGAGGCCGACGAGAGGAGCAUGGAUAGAUCUGAAGCUUGGCACACUGAGUUCACACCAAUCUCCAGGAAUCUUGUGGUUGAGCCCCGCGCACUCACUAGCUUGGCAGCUGCAAUGGCAGAGUACGAAAGUGAGGACGCAGAGCCUUGGCCCACGCAGCCAAGCUCGAGCGGUAUAGGAGUCAUUGCUCCUGUAGCUGGGCCUGUUCCUGCUUUGGAUUCUCCAGAAGACGUGGAGCCGUGGGGUCUCGCAGCGGUGGGCAAUGAGUGCGUCCCCAUCGCUAUCGAGGGACCUACUUUGGCCAGCUUGCAACAGCCGACCUACGUCAAGCAUAUAUCGGAAGGUGCAGCUGCGAGCAUCUUCUCCAAUGUGAUGUCCAUCGUGCCGCUUCCGACAGAGCCGGCUAGGCCGUGGUGUGCCUCUCGCACCUUCUCCAGGCCUACAAUGCACGGCCUCUUUGCAGACUCGCCAAUUGCUGCGGGAAGCUUCAUUUCCGAAUAUCGCGGAGAGUUGCUCAGCACCGCAGCGUAUCGAGCCAAUCCCAUAAAUCAGUACGCUCAAGUCGGCACAGUCAAGCCACACGUUCAUCUGUUUCCACCUCCCCUUGCCGUGGCCAUCGACGCCAGACGUUUCGGCACCGAGGCCCGCUUCGCACGUGCCUCCUGCCACCCCAACGCUGUCUUGCGGCCUAUUCUGUUCACCCGCACUGCCGAAGCGGAGCUAGUGAGAUCUGAGGACGCGGAUCAUUUCAGUAGUCUCGGACCAUCCUUCAAGCGACCAGAGCGGGAACCGGAGCUGCUGUUUGGAAUUUUCGCAUUAACGGACAUUUCACGAACUCACGAAAUCACACUGGGCUGGGAAUGGGACGACGAGCACAUUGUCCAUUUGCUUCCCUCGCUUGUCAAAGAUCCCGCAUUGGGCUUGCCUCCUGCACCACCUGGCGGUGAGGGCGCCAGCGCGGCUGCUCUAGCUGCAGCAGCUAUUGCAGCCAAAGUGGCCUCGGGAGUCCGCACGACAGAGCGAGAACGCAGAAGCGCUGCCAUGGCAACACUCGCUGAGCGAGGAGAGUUCCCAUAUGCCAACGCGCGGUUCGCCGCAUCUAUGAACGCAGUGCUCGCUGUCCUGCUAGGCAUGUCGCUCUGCGCUUGCAUUGGAUCAGCCGUUCCUCCGGGUGGUCAAGGUGGGACAGCGAGCGCGCACAACUCUAGAAAGCAGGAUUGCGCCAUCGCACAGAUGCUCCGACUAGCUCAAGGCAUGGCCCCUUUGAAUGUCGUAAUGCCGGGAAACAAGAGUCAUCGCAAGAUCCGACAGCCCGACUUCUUACCAUUGGUCGGGGUGCGGAGGUGGUGGAGACCUCUCAGCUUGCCUCCGACGCCUGAGACGACACCUGAUGAGGUGGCAAAUCGCCAGCGAGACUUGCUCUUGCACCAUCUGGACGUGCCAUACAAGCGUACGCCAACGGGUCACGUCGGACGCGUUGGCGAGGAAGAUUACCUUCGCGCAAUUGCCGAGCUGAAACGCACUGCUAAGGAUGUGCGUGAAGCUGAGCUUCUACCAGACAUUGAGGACGAUCGCCGCUCGCGCGCUUCCUCGUUGACAGAACCUCUGUCAGGGCUUUCGGAUCUUGACGAAGUCGAUGACGAAGAUGACGUCAGUGCUCUGCUUUCGAACAAAGGCACCAUCGAUCUCAGACCAGAACAGUCCGAUCCGGAAGACGCGUGGGAUGCACCAAGAUUGUUGCCCCACAAGAAACGCGUUUCUGGCACCCGCCUCAAAGCGACCUACUCGGGCGAUGAGGAUUCCGAUGCUGAGCGCGCGGGCGCUGCGGGGCGACGGAGAGCUUCCAAAGUACACACUACACCGCUGCCAACGCCUGGUCUACCCACUCAACAAACGACUCGCAAAGCCACUGUGACCGGCGUGAGAAAAGUUUCCAAGGCACAAGCUCUGCUCGAACAAACGCGCAAGCUCAAGUCGCGAGGUCGCCCGCGCAAAGAGCCCACUGAGCGCGCUUCACCUUGUCGCGUCAAAGUGCACGACGAUAGUGGGGAUGAGGGGCUUCAGCCACGACAAUCGAGCAAAAAGAAGCGGAGGAAGUCCGGCAAGCUGCAUGAGCCUAGUUCUCCACUCACGUCGGCGCCCGAUGAUGGAAAGGAUUAUUCGUCGGACGAGAGCCUGAGCCCGGCGCCUACGAUUCAGCGGAAGCUUUCGACCCAAUCCGAGCGCCGCAAUUCGCUCAAGCAUGGUGAUCAGAGCAAGAUCGAGGAGCCUCUGAGGGCGGACAAAGUGAUGCUUGAACGGCCGGACAAGAAGCGGCGAGCGUCCCUUAUGCCCAGCGGAUCCGAGUCCGAGCGCACUGCACGCUCGGUUUCUCCCGAGAAGAAGGCGAGCGGACAGGAAAGGAGCAAGAAGAAGCGAAAGGCGUCCGAGGCUACGAGUGAUCUUUCCGAAUCAGCGAUCAAGCGUAGAAAUGCCAAGCGUCUGGCCGCGUCGAAAAUGGCGAAGCUGCAGGAGAAGCAAAAGCGCUUGUCGCUCGCCGACAUUCGAGACUCGGAGUCCUCGGGAGAAGAGCAACCCAAACUCCAAUUGUCCCCGAAUAAGCGACAGAGGAGCAACUCUCCGGAGAAGAAAGUGGUCCGGGCUAGUGUGAAGGCAAAGAAGCCACGGCUCAUCAUCUCGACAGACGAGAGCGGGCUCGAAGAGGAUUUGACACCUGGGGCGACUGUGGCGCAAGUUCAAAGCGCCACAAGCUUCGAAUCGUCGCCAGUAUUGGAGGACGGAUCAGCGUUUGAUUCGCAAGUGCCACAGUCCACGGGAAACCAAAGCAGAGUCGGAGAUUUGGCGCUCACGCAGACUCCGGACACAGCUCCGCCUCCAGCUCGCGUCGAACCUCCACGAGCAAAGCUCACUUUGGCGGAGUACAAGAAGCGUCUCGCAGAACGUCAAGCGAAUGAAGCUGCUGCGUCUGCUGCACCACCGACUCCGAGCGAAGUGCCCCCGUCACCACUUGAGACCUUGAUUGCUGGGCAGAGCAGGCUUGGCCCGCCUGGAAGCGGUGUUUCUCCGUCCGGCAUGGAAGUGCAGCAUUCAGCGGUGGGAGCCGGGGAUUUCUUUGCCACUCGAUACGCACCCCCGGCGCCUCGUCCACCCCGUCCCGCGACACCACCUCGCUCUAUUCCGCCCUCUCCGAUCGCUCAAUCAGUAUAUUCGAACGUUCCAUCAGGUGCAGCGCCCGGCCAAACACCCUCCUACUCUAGCUUUGCGCAACGAGCUAGUCUGGCGGACUUCUCGCAGCCUCCUGCACCAGCUCAAAGUCAGAUGACGGUCGACACCGGUAUAGGGAGGCAGCCCCUCAAUGUGGGCACAGGUAUGCAUUCCGUUCAGACUGCGUUUGCACCGGAUCAUGUUCGCGCGGAUUCCAGCUUUGUGGGCGAUGACAUCCGCAGCCGAGGUGAUAGCAUGAGCCCUCGAAAGAGUGUUUCUGGGGCAUGGUCCAUGGGCAGUGCGACUUCACCCGUCCGUGCUGCGCCACCAGCGCCACUUGCGUCAGAUCACACCGGCGCAGACGUCGCUAGCAAUCGAUCCGUCUUCAGGCCAGGAUUUCGGCCAGUCGUGCCUCCCAGUCCCAUCGCGUCCGACAUGCCAAGCUUACGUCCUCCGCAAACUCCGACAUCUGCGCCUCGACCACCGGCGGCGCCUGCGGCUUUCAACCCACCUCGAGGACCGAAAGCUCUGAUCAACGCCUCUGCUGCUACUGCUUCACCAAGUGUGGCAGCCGCGUCCAGUGCUUUCUCUGGGCGUAGCGAAGACAUUUCUCCGAUUGUUGGUGCUCGUCGGAUGCACUCGAACUCGGUGUCAAAUGCCAGCGCGAGCAGCAUGAGUCCUCCUGCACAUGGCUCUCGGCUACCCUCGGCUGCUGCAGGCCCACCGGGCAAUGCGGUCGACGUAGGCGGCUCGAGGAGCUCCAGUGGGAGCUUCUCCGUGGAGUCCGGUGCACCCCCUGGAACGUACGCCGCUCGUCCGACGGCCAUCGAUGACUUUGCAGGCGUCCCUCGCGGUCCUCGGGGAAGCGAAGAUGGCUUCGUUGACGCUUCUCACACCAUCCCAGCACCGCGCGAAGGAGCUGGUGCUGGCAUUGCGAGCGGAUCGCCAGCGAGCAUGCCGUUCCGAGGCAGAGGGCGCGGCUGGAUGGGCGGUGGCUCGAGAGGCUUCCCCAGAGGUGGUGGAUGGGGAGGUAGAGCUCGCGGCGACAUGAGGCGAGGCAGGGGUCGCGGUUGGUAGUGACUGCAGUUGUGUUUAGUUUCGUCACUCUCUUCGCGAUAUCGCGCAGCUGUAUUAGUAGCGAAGGACAUUGAUGUACCAAUAAUGGAAGUGCUA